AUGCGAAGAGAAAUAAUCAUUGCUGCUUUAUACUGCAUAUCGAAAAGAAAGAAAAAACUGCGACGAAGACUUUAUGUUCAUCCUUUGAUUGAGCAGAGAGCCGUCGCCGGAGAAUUUGUUACGUUAUACGGUACUCUGAGGGCUGACGAAACAAAAUUCUUUAAUUACUUUCGAAUGUCAACUAGCACUUUCGACGAAUUACUGGCGAAGACCGGCGAUAAACUGAUCCAUGCCAGUGUACGACGAAUGCCUAUACCACCGAUUGAAAGACUGAUGGUGACUUUAAGGAAAGAACAUUUUUUAUUGAUCAUUACGGCUAGUUGUUUGAUAAUCAGAGUAACCUGGAGUCUCAUCAUUGGUUUGAUACCCUGA